AUGAAGUAUACUUCGAGGGAGCUGAAGCAUAGCGGAAACCUGAGAAGGGCCAUGCUGUUGGUCUACGGGAGCGCAGUCCCCGAGCAGGUGAAAUACGAUCAUUCUGACCAGGGCGGAGGAAUGCUGCUCCGGCACUCACAGGUUGAGGAAGUGUGGGUUCGGGUCCUGGGGGAUCCUGAAAGAGAGCAGAAGGGCCAACUUCGUGCAAGCCCAACAAGGGAGGUUGCCAACAAGCCUAGCGCAGCAAUCCCUCCUACAGUAGCACCCGCUAUAAGUCCUGCGGGAGUGGAUUUGUGGUUCGAAGGUGACGGAAUUGAACUGGAGGAGGUGCUGGUGAAAGUUGGAGGCCCUGGAAGCACGGGUUGUGGGGUUGUUGUGGUGGAAGAAGAGAUGAAGGUGCUAGUAUGUGAGGAGUGUGUGCUGGAAGGAAAAAGUCGUCUGAUAGGAAAAGGAUCAUACGUCAACAAUGUUCUGCCUGGGGAUUGGCCAGCGGGAAUCUGUACCAAAGGACACAAACGCGACGCACGCGACCGGUUCGGGAGACAGCAAUGCGCCCAUACAAGAUACGAUUCGAAAGUAUUAGGAUUAGUCAAACUGAUCCUGAGGGGUCGAUACGCAGGACUCACGGUGCAAGGGGCAUGGAAAUGGAGUCCGUCCGUAAUCACUUCCACUGUGCUCGGGGUGUACACCGUAUACGCUAAACUAAUCCGAGCACAGAGCGCAAAAAGAAGGGAGCGAAGGGCCCAGGGCGAGGAAGGAAGCCUUGCCAUUGCUGUGUCCAGUAGCUUUGUUCUUUGCUUGUCACCGUCAGGACUCGGCAGCCAAAGAAACGUUAUGGAGGUAGGAGAGAUUAAAGGCUUUCUCAAACGAAAAUCAAAUUCCAUCCUGACAGUGGCAGAUCCCCGCGAACAAACUCCCGUAUUACAUAACGAAAGAAGAUAG